GGAGUGGGCUGUGCCUUCUUCACACACAAUAAAGGGAAGCAUUAGAAGGAAAACUGCGAGCUGAGGAGAGGAGGUGAAAGGAAGGGAGCAGGGUUGGGCAACUGAGAGACUUUGCGCUGUACCAGAUGACCAAUCAGGAUUUGGAACUAAGAAACCUUUCUAACAAGCUGCCACAUUUCCAACUGAGGAUUUAUUGAUUGGAGAUUGUUUUAAUGUUAUAAAUACCCUUGCCAUUCCAAUGGAAUUACAGUAUCUCUUAUCAAUUCUAAGUAAUUAAUCGGAUUUAAAUAUUGUUGAGUGUUUUCUAGACUUUUGCCCCUGGCUCCAAGGUUCUGGUUAUCACUUUGAGAAUGAAGCCCAUGCAAAGACUGUUUCAGCUGCCAGUGACUGCUGUGAAUCUGGUCAAAAACGCUCAGACACCAGAGGAAGCUAAAAGCCCGGUUUUGUCGCCUGAUGGCGGACAGCAAACGUGGUAUAAUGCCUUGCAGUCGGACGAGCUGCGGCUCUUAAGAACGCCGGAUCAGGAGACGCCAUUGGACGAGACUGCGGCCAGUAGCGGCCAAACUCAGCCACUGCGACACGAUGACCUGAAAGAAAUGCUGGACAGUAACAAGGACUCUCUGAAGCUGGAGGCUAUGAAGAGGAUUGUCGCUAUGAUUGCCAGAGGAAAGAAUGCUUCAGACCUGUUUCCAGCAGUUGUCAAGAAUGUGGCCUGUAAAAACAUUGAGGUGAAGAAGCUGGUGUAUGUGUACCUGGUCCGGUAUGCAGAGGAACAGCAAGACCUGGCGCUGCUUUCCAUCUCCACCUUCCAGAGGGGGUUAAAGGACCCCAACCAGCUGAUCCGAGCCAGUGCUCUGCGAGUUCUCUCCAGUAUCAGGGUCACCAUCAUCGUUCCCAUCAUGAUGCUGGCCAUCAAGGAAGCAGCGUCCGACAUGUCCCCCUACGUUCGCAAGACAGCCGCCCAUGCCAUCCCCAAACUCUACAGUUUGGACCCAGAUCAGAAGGACCAGUUGAUUGAAGUUAUUGAGAAACUCUUGGCAGACAAAACAACGCUGGUGGCGGGCAGUGUUGUGAUGGCGUUCGAGGAGGUCUGCCCAGAGCGGAUCGAUCUCAUUCACAAGAACUACCGCAAGCUGUGUAACCUGCUCAUCGAUGUGGAGGAGUGGGGCCAGGUGGUGAUCAUCAACAUGCUGACCCGCUACGCCAGGACCCAGUUCCUCAACCCCAACCACAACGAGUCGCUGCUGGAGGAGAGUGCGGAGAAGGCGUUCUACGGCUCUGAUGAGGAGGAGACGGAGGAGAAGGAUGAGAAGGAGGAGGUGGCUGCCCUGGCCAAGAGGAAGCCCUAUGUGAUGGACCCUGACCAUCGGCUGCUCCUGCGCAAUACCAAGCCCCUGCUGCAGAGCAGGAACGCAGCAGUGGUGAUGGCGGUCGCUCAGCUUUACUUCCACCUGGCUCCAAAGGCUGAGGUCGGUGUGAUUGCGAAAGCCCAGGUGCGCCUGAUGAGGAGCCACAGUGAGGUCCAGUAUGUUGUUCUUCAGAACGUGGCGACCAUGUCUAUCAAGCGCAGGGGAAUGUUUGAGCCAUACCUGAAGAGCUUUUACAUCCGGUCUACAGACCCUACCCUGAUCAAAGUGCUCAAGUUGGAGGUUUUGACCAACCUGGCGAACGAAACUAACAUCUCCACCAUCCUAAGGGAAUUUCAGACCUACAUUAAGAGCAUGGACAAGGACUUUGUCGCCGCUUCCAUCCAAGCCAUCGGUCGCUGUGCCACCAACAUCGGAGAGGUGCGGGACACCUGCCUGAAUGGACUGGUGCAGCUGCUCUCCAACCGGGACGAGCUGGUGGUUGCAGAGUCGGUGGUGGUGAUUAAGAAGCUGCUGCAGAUGCAGCCCGCUCAGCACAGUGACAUCAUCAAGCACAUGGCUAAACUCACUGACAACAUCCAGGUUCCUAUGGCCCGGGCCAGCAUCCUGUGGCUCAUAGGGGAAUACUGCGAACACGUUCCCAAGAUCGCCCCCGACGUGCUGAGGAAGAUGGCAAAGUCCUUCACCAACGAGGAAGACAUCGUCAAGCUGCAAAUCAUCAACCUGGCUGCCAAGCUGUACCUGACCAACUCCAAACAGACCAAACUCUUGACCCAGUAUGUUCUCAACCUGGCAAAGUACGACCAGAACUAUGACAUCAGAGACCGAGCACGCUUCAUCCGGCAGCUGAUCGUCCCCACAGAGAAAAGCGGGGUCCUCAGCAAGUAUGCCAAGAAGCUCUUUCUGGCCCUGAAGCCAGCGCCUGUCUUUGAGUCACCCUUUAAAGACCGGGACCACUUCCAGCUCGGCUCACUCUCCCACCUGCUGAACGCCAAGGCCACCGGCUACCAAGAGCUGCCCGCCUGGCCAGGCAUGGCCCCCGACCCGUCAGUGCGCAAUGUGGAGCUAGACGAAGUGAUCUCGCCGAGCGAGGGACGGAUCGGCUUGUUAGGAGACUGGCGAGAGGUUCCUGAAUGGACCAGGUGCAGCAGCCGUGAGAAGCGCAAGGAGAAAGUGGAGAAGCCAUUCUACUCUGAUUCUGAGGGAGAGUCUGGACCCACUGAAUCUGCAGACAGCGAGUCGGAGCUGCCAAGUGAGAUGGAGAGCGGAGGUGGGAGUGAGAGCGAGGAGGGCGGCUCUGGAUCGGGCAGCGAGGAGAGCGACGAGGGCUCCGAAUCUGGGAAAGAGAAAAAGAAGAAGCCUGAAAAGAUUAAAGUCAGGAAAACCCUACCAGAGAGCGCAGAAAGUGAGCAGAGCGGAGAGGAGGAGAAGAGCGUGAGGAAGAGGAAGGAGAGGAAAGCGAGCUCUGAGUCUUCGUCUGAGGAAGAGGAGGAGAGCUCAUCCGAAAGCAGCUCCUCCGAGUCCGAGUCGGAAGAGGAAUCCGAGUCUGAGCCCGAGACCAAGAAGAAGAAGAAGAUCUCGCUUUCCAAACCAGCUCCUAAACUACCCAAAAAAGAGAUCUCCCUCCUUGACUUGGAUGACUUCAUCCCCACCCCAUCCCCUCAGGUGACCCCCAUCAACAACAUUGUGUCCAACAGCCUGGCCACUGACUUGCAAGGGCUGUCCCUGACCGACAGUGCCCUCUCCCCGACGAUGAUCAGCCCCUCAUUCAGCUCCGUGAAGACCUACGAGCUGCUGCACCGCAUCACCGGGGAGGGCCUGGCGGUGGAGUACUGCUUCAGCCGGCAGCCCUACAGCCUCGACCCGCACAUGGUGGCAGUGCAGAUCCAGUUCAGCAACAACACAGACACUGAGGCCAAGAGCCUGCGCAUCCAGGAGCCCAAACUUAUGUCAGGCAUGAGGAUGCAGGAGUUCCCUGAGAUCGAGGUCCUGGCUCCUGGUGAAACAGUCACUGUCGUCAUGGGAAUUGAUUUCUGUGACUCCACGCAGGCUGCCAACUUUCAGCUGUGCACCCAAACCCGCAAGUUCUAUGUCUCAAUCCAGCCUCCGGUGGGUGAGCUGAUGAUGCCUGUGUUCAUGAGUGAAAACGAGUUCAAGAAAGAGCAAGAGCAGCUAAUAAAGCUGAGUAUGGGUCAUCUGAUGGGAAUGAAUGAGAUCAAUGAGAAGCUGACCAUGGGAGAGAAAUGCCAGAGUGACCACGCCAUCGUCCAAAGAGUGACCUCAGCUGCCAACCUGAGCCGGGUGCCCUGCGGGUCAGACAGAGAGUACAGAUUUGCUGCUAAGACGGUGGCCAGUGGCAGCCUGGUACUGGUUACCGUGGUGACGAAAGAGGGCAUGGCGGCCCAGCUGACCGUGAACUGUGAGAAGAUGGUGAUUGGCACCAUGCUGGUGAAGGACAUUCUUCAGGCCCUGUCACAGUGAUGGAAAUGUGACCUUUAGCUGUACCAUCCCCUUAGACUGCACCAAUCUGCUGUAAUACCCAGACACUUCCCCUGUCCCUUUCCCCAAGUCUCUCCUUCAGCCAGAAACCCAUGCCUGUCUUAGCCAUGGGAGAAUUCGAGUCAUGUUUGCAGAGUACUCAUGUAGCUCUUGCUUGCUCAUAGCAUUACAUGUUUGCACAAUCAGAUAGCAACGAGUUUGCAAGAUGUGUACAAAUGCAGCCCCAAGCAUUUCCAGAUAUAUUUUCAAUAUGUGGUCAACAUAUAUGUGAAGCCAUGUUUUUGAUUUAUUAUACGAGAGCUAACCAUGGCUUUAAAAUCAAAUGUAUUACCUCUUAUUAGAUACAAUAACAUGAUACCCCUUUAAUUGUCAUGAUUCAUAUUAAUUUAGAAUAUGCAAUUAUUUCAAAGGUUAUAGAUAAACUGGUACCUUUGCUGUAGGUCUGAUUGAAGCUUCACCAUUGGACCGGGAAGCAUCAGCCACUUUUCACUGUAGCAUUGUGAUUGAAAUCUCUGUUUACAAAGCUUGAACUCAUUUACAUGGUCUUGUACAAGAACAAAGAAGUGUUUGGUGUCUUAGAAAAACAUAAAGUAUAAACUGCAGGUGUUCAAAACAAAGGUAACAGAAAGUCUAUCACAACAGCUCUCUAACACAGCUCCUAAACGAUUUUCACACGUUUCUCAUAAACUAAUAAUUACCAGAAUUUAAGAAUUUAAUUUAAGAAAUUCUGGUGCUUUACUGGCCUCUCGUGGCCAAUUCCGGAACUACAGGCAACCGAGACACACCCAAUUUAGGCUGCCAAGUUAUUCAAGAAGUCUGUUUUUAUGAGUGAAAUCGAGUUUGAUGAUUCUGAAACUGUUCGGGACUGUUGUUGAUUUUAUUAACAACAGUAAAGAACAGUUUAAUAAAUAUUUAAUAAAACAAUUUUUAAAACAACCUGUGUGUUAAAGCUUUGUGAACAGAGUUCAUUCAUAAUAUACGUAUGUUCUUAAAGCAUGGAAAUAGCAAACAUUUUACCCCCUUUGAAGGUGUUUUCAAAAGUUUGAUGACUGUAGAAAGAAAGAGCAAGUAGAACGAAAAUGAAAUGGCAAUGAUUUGGAUUUCUUUAACACACCGUUGAUUGUACACAUUGACAUUGUUUAUUAUUUUCCCAGGCAAAAAGGCGUUGGGCAUGUUAGUCACAGCUGAAGGAGUUUGCUCCAUAGUGCAAUCACCUCCAUGAUUGUUCCUGGUUUCAUUUCUGCCUAGCGUGAAUGUAGCAUGUAUUAAUGGGUUAGACUGAUACCACAAACCGCCUUGUUGAUUGACAAAACCUGGAAAUCACCAUUUAUUUAAAGAGGAAACAUCGAAACCCUUUCAUAACAUUUCCACACCAAGUAUCUGCAAGGCCCUUAGCAUUUGUUUUUGUUGUCUUCCAAACUUGUUUUCACUUUUUCUAGCAAGGUCAAUGUAUCCUCCCUAUAUAAUUGCUCUUGAUUGUAUUAAUACUUGUACUGUGAUUCUUGAAAUGUAUUUUUGUUUACGACUGUAAGUCGCCUUGGAUAAGGGUGUCUGCUAAGAAAUAAAAAUAAUAAUAAUAUAUAUACAGGGGUGUAGUGCUGGGGGGUCGGGGGGAGCGCUGCCCCCCCACUUCUCUUGGGCAAGGAGAGCACCACUUCCCUGCUUUACGUGCAGAAUAUUGAACUAUUUUGCUCCUGUUGUUAAUAUAUGGAGAUAUACAUGUGUGUAACCCAUACAAAUAAGCAAAGAAUACAAUAACCGUAAGAAACCCUUGAGAGAUAAAGAAAACAUUUGGAACAACAGGUGUGAAUAAUGUAGAGAGGUGAAGGGCACCUGUAUCAACGCUGUGCUGAGGUGUCAGCGUUUUACAAUUAGAUGUAAUAAUUGGAACAGUUCUUAUUUUUAGACCCAUAUAUCAGAAAGAUAAAUUAAGCUAAACAUAUAUUUAAAAGAUAAAGCUCAAUCGCAACAAAUAAAUAAAUGGUACCUGUGGCCUUACACAUCUUUUUUUGCAAACAGAUGCACUUCUGUUUCAAAACCUCAGUCUCAUUCGCUCUUAAGCGGCUGCAAUAGGCUAGUGAGACGAGCUGAUUCUGGACCAAACCAUUCAAUAUACGAGUGGGGGAGUGUUACACAUAGGAUUAAUAAUAAUAAUAAUAAUAAUAAUAAUAAUAAUAAUAAUAAUAAUAAUAAUAAUAAUAAUGACGACGUUUUAAUCGUGUGUAUAUUAGUGUAUGAAACUGGUUGUGAAAAUAUGUACAGUAUUUAUUUAUUUAUUUAUUUAUCUUUAAUAUAAAUAGCUGUACAUCUAGUUGCUUUACAAUAAUACCUCAAUACCUGAUUGUCUGAAUUUGUAAUCAGUUGGUACAGUUGUUAGCCGUUUCAAAUACCGUAACUACUAGUGAUAAACUGUGGUUCUGUUGAGUGUGUGGGGAAACAGGGACUGGUAGGGUUGAGAGAGUGGGGAGGGGGGGGGGGUAGAUAAUAGCGACCCCUCACUUCUAAAUAUAGCACUACACCACUGUGUGUGUGUAACAGGAGAGAAAUUCAUAAAUAUCAAGCCACAUGGAGUAUGUCAACUUUUUUUUUUUUUUUUUACAUUUUUCAAAUGAACGGUGAGUUAAGGUUUUGUGGCUAAAGGCCAUGGUAGCUAUUUAGGAUUAUUAUUAUUAUUAUUAUUAUUAUUAUUAUUAUUAUUAUUAUUAUUAUUAUUAUUAUUAUUCAAACAAGCGUUUCUCUGCUGAAUGUGUUAAUGUAAUAGAAUAUGUGGAUUUGUUCUCUGGUGGUAAUUACAAUGAAUUAUUGUAUAAAUUAGAAGGCACAAAUAUUGAAUGAUGGCAUGUAAAGGGGUAGGGAGGUGCUUUAAUCAUUUUAUGCAAUGUGUUGUAUUUAUCCUUACAGAAAAAAAUGGGAUCCCAAUGUAUUAACCUGAAAAGAAUGCUAAACCAUUAUUAGACAAUUACCAGCAAUUAGAACCACACACUCUGGUACCAGUGUCAUACAUUGUGAUGUCACCAUUCCACCAUACCAGUGUAGCUGCUACCAUAGCCCCUUAGUACAGAACCAUUGCCUUGCCAUUGAAGAAGAUUUAUUUAUGUGGUGUAGCAUUGCUGACACUUAUUUCAAAUUACUUUAAGAACACAAAUAUGAAUUGCAUCUAAUCAAAUCUAAAAUGUUGGGCUGCAUUGCUUAGAAGAUGACAAAUCUUAUACCAAGGCCUGGACUAAGUUACAGUCCACAGUGCCAUGAAAGCAACUUGUUUCUAUGGUGCUUCAGUUGCUAUAUAUACAGAAUACAGUGAAUCUGAAUUGAAUGCUAGCUUAGGUUGUCAAUUGUAUGCACAUGACAGUAACAUAUAUGAGACAUCCUAAUUUAAGAAAUUCUACUAGGAAACUUCCAACAUUUGAGUCAGACGUUUGUGUGGCGAUCAUUUCAAAUGACUUGAUGUAGACAGGGUGACUCGUGUACAUGGCGCAGCAGGUAUAGCAGGUAUCAGUCUGCCCCUCUUUCCUGUUUGGUUGUAAAAUGUGAUGAUGUGUUGUUUGAAUGUGACAGCUUUAUUUAUUAUACAAAAAAAAACUAUCAAUAAAAGCUGAAACCAC